AUUGAUUCGUCGGCUAGCUUAUAGAUGACAUUUAAUUUUGGUACACACUCUCCUAGCUGGCCAGAAAGAGACUCGGCUGGUAUCAACACAUGGGCUACAUGCUAGUGUUCAAAAGACCCGCAUGUGGCACACGUUGUAUAUACUUUUAUAUUUCUCUCCUCGCUCCACCACUGGAUCUUCUAGUGGUUUCACUUCAGCCAAAUCAAUCGUUUAAGGACAGUGAGAUAUUAUAGAAAUGGCUAUGCCUUUGGAAGUGGCGGUGCAGCUGACGAAAACGGUGUGGUUUGCUCUAAGCGGCUGGAUUUUCACAUGUUUGUAUAUCGCUGAUGAAAUCGCCAGUUCUCUCAGAAACAGAGAUAUAGGCCAUUUCCAUGUCGGAUGAUCGGUUUAAAGAUUCUUCAUUAUCUUCCAUGCGCUCUCUCGUGACUUUAGAGAAUUGUUUGUUUUCCAUGUUUUUUUAUUGCCAUGAUGAGAAUCGUCUCAAAGUUACUCACCUUAAAGUUGAAGUGUUUGUGUUUAUUUAUAGAGGAGAUGUGUGUAAGGUCAUUGUGUGCUUGAUGUAAAUGAAAUCUGAUAUUCAUAAAUUAUAAUACUUCUGAAUUUUUGUGUG